UCAGAGGUGGAGUCUUCUUUAUAAAGUCAGCUUAUCGUCCAUCCGGACUUCCAGUAGGAUCCUGAUGGCCAUGCUUGGGAUUUUGGCUGCUGUUGCCGUGUUUUUGCAGACGGUCUCUGCUGCCUCUCUCGGUGUCGUGAACACUGAGGGAGGGAUGGUGGAGGGCAAAACCAUCCGCCUGGGGUUACUCCGUACUAUGGACGUCUUCAGGGGUGUCCCCUUCGCUGCUGUUCCCGGACGGUUUGAAAAGCCGAAGCCUCACCCUGGAUGGGACGGUGUUAUGAAGGCCACUGCGUUCAAGAGCAGGUGUCUUCAGCUGGACAUUACCUUGACUAACACCCUGGGUAGUGAGGACUGUCUGUACCUCAACAUCUGGGUUCCUCAUGGCUCCUCAGUAUCCACCAACUUACCUGUCAUGGUCUGGAUCUACGGUGGUGGUUUCUUGGCCGGAGCUUCGAUGGGUGCCAACUUCCUGGACAAUUAUUUGUAUGAUGGGCAGGAACUGGCAGACAGAGGAAAUGUUAUUGUGGUGACGUUGGGAUACCGUGUUGGUAGCCUUGGCUUCCUGAGCACCGGAGACUCUGAACUUCCUGGAAACUAUGGUCUGUGGGACCAGCAGGCUGCCAUUGCAUGGGUGCACAGAAACAUCCGGGCAUUUGGAGGAGACCCCAGCAACAUCACCGUCUUUGGUGAGUCAGCAGGUGGAGCCAGCGUCAACUUCCAGAUUCUCACUCCUCACAACAAAGGGCUCAUUAGGAGAGCCAUCUCCCAAAGUGGGGUUGCCCUUUGCCCUUGGGCAGUCAACCACAACCCCCGCAAGUUUGCUGAGGAGGUUGCCCUCAGAGUCAACUGCCCUACCGAUUCCAGAAUGGCUGCCUGUCUGAAGAUGACAGAUCCUAUUACCUUGACAAAGGCGGGAACUAUCCAUCUGUCUGGCUCUCCUGAUCAGCCCAUUGUGAACAACCUGAUCCUGUCACCUGUGAUUGAUGGAGACUUUCUGCCAGAUGAGCCUUCCAACUUGUUCCACAACGCUGCAGAAGUUGACUACAUUGCUGGAGCCAAUGACAUGGACGGACAUAUCUUCACUGGUUUGGACGUUCCAUCUGUCAACAAUGAUAUAGUUGAAACUCCCAUUGAGGAUGUGAAGAGGCUGUUGGGUGCCCUGACAAAGGAAAAGGGGCAGCUGGGUUUGGAGAAUGCUUACUCCACCUAUUCUUCAGACUGGGGAUCAAAUCCCAGCUGGCAAAAAGUGAAACAAACUGUCGUAGCCAUUGAGACAGACUACAUUUUCCUGAUUCCCACACAAACUGCCCUUUAUCUUCAUGCUGAAAAGGCAACAACUGGUCGUACCUACUCCUACCUUUUCUCUGAGCCUAACCGAAUGGGUGGUCUGAUUGCCCCCUUCCCCAUCUGGAUGGGUGCUGACCACGCAGAUGACUUACAGUAUGUGUUCGGAAAACCUUUCUCCACACCACUGGGAUACUGGCCUCGUCACAGAGACGUCUCCAGCUACAUGAUUGCCUACUGGACCAACUUUGCCAAAACUGGAGACCCUAAUAGUGGAGAUCUGAAAGUUCCUGUUGCCUGGCCAAAAUUCCAAAACACAGACCACAAGUUUUUGGAGAUUAACGCCAAAACAAACAGUGAAUCUGUGAAUGAAAUGUUGAGGCUGCGCUAUGUGCAUUUCUGGGCCAGCGUGUUUCCCAAGCUUCCUUCACAGUGAAGAGCUGACGCUCUCCAGUAAACUUUAGACCCCAGAACAACAAGCAAAAUAAAUCUCUUUUAGAACGUU